AACUUCCAAUAAACACACUGCUUUCGAUAUUUUGAAAUAUUUUUUCGCGUUUUCCGUUAAAAAUCAUCGGAGAUUGUAGCGUAAUCGACCGGAAGUAAACUGGUGACAAUGCGGCUUUAAGACCAAAUCAGGGGAAAACGCCGGAUACAAAAGAAAAGUCUCCCAAAAGUGAAAAUACUUAACCGGAUAAGUAGAAGUACAGAUUAGCCAUGUCCAAUCCUUUAAUGUCUCUUAGUGUGCGUCCCGCCUUUGCUUAUAUAAACAAAACCGUUAUACCUAAUUAAAAGGAUAAUAGAAAAGGGGCUAAUUAGGAUUUUUAUUGGAUUAAAUAUGUCAUGGUGCUAGAAAGGGCCCAUGGCUCAGCUUAUUUUUCUUAAAGUAAUUAUCUAUGUCGAAAUAGAUUUGGCUUUUAGGGCUCUUUUGCACCUACUCAAACAAAAGGACUACAAACAAAGACUACAAAGAAAUGAUAAUCUUUCAAAGGUAACAGCCUGCUCAAUUUAUCUGACACUUUGGUGAAUUUUUCACAAUAUUUACAUUACUGGAUGACAUUCCUUUGUAUCUACGUCUACUAAACAGUAAACGCGUCUCAAAGGAAGCGAAUAUGGAGAGCAACAAGAAUUGCGAAAAGUUCGAAGAGUUUUUUCUAGUUUGGGAAAGCAGCUGUAGGAACUUUAUUGACGACUUCUCAUUUGCAAACGAGGAAGCAAGGCUGUCGCGAUUAAGAAUCCAUGUGUUUUUACGGAAAGACACUCCGUUAAAAGCGCUGCCACCAGCACACGACUGGGUAGAAUUACACUACUCUCUGACUACUUGUCCGUUCGCCUCAGAUACGUGCAUUGUCGCUGAAUUACUGCAGAGAUUUGGAGCAUGCGCAGAUAAACAGGAGCUCUGUGUAGAAAGCCCUUCUACAAUAUACCUCAUCGCAGACAAAGGGAGGAAAUACGAGGAAGUCAUUGAGCUGUUGACCUACAGGAACACUCGGCUAAGAUUUGUGGAAAUAGACGGUCGAGAUAACACUAUUUUAGAUAUUCUUGAUUCCGCGUGCAAGUUUUGUAAACUUGUUUUCAGUACAGUAGAGGAAAGGGAUCUGCAUAAUCUAGAAAGUCAUAAUUUUUUUUGUGCCCACCCCGAAUGCCCGCAUCACACGAAGAGAUUUUAUACAGAGAAAGACCUCCAGGGACACAUUCAGGGACAGACUAUGUGCCCAUAUUGUGACGACUCAAUUUUCUGCUCAGACCAAGCAAGACGAGAGCAUAUGAAAACAAUUCACGAUAUUCUCGAACCAAUAUCUCCACGAGAUAAAAAUAACAAUGCUCUAACAUGCCAGUUUUGCCCGGAGAGAAAAUUUACGUCUCGAGAGCAGGUGGAAAUCCAUAUGAAAAAUUGCCACAAAAAAUGCAACUGCUCUUGUGGAAAGUACUUCAAGACGCGUGAUGACUACAUCGAGCAUUUCUACACUGUGUACCCAUUAGCAUGUUUUGAGAACCGGAAGUGCCCUCAUCGGUUCCAAAGCGUGAUGCAUCAGGCAGCCCACCACAGAGAGGACCACUUCGCCACGCACCCGUUCUAUUGUGUCCCUUGUCAACAUUGGCAGUCUGAGUCAGGUUCCCGGCAAAGAAUGUGCUUUAGAGACGAGAAAAGCCUGCGCAUCCAUGGGAAAGCCCUAGGACACGACGAGGACGAGAUGUAUUUGAUGGCGUCACAUGAAUCGAAGAGGCUCAAUGCCCCAGGUCAGCGGCGCGCACCAUCACGGACAUGCUCGGCAAUCAAUUACUGCUAGGUUAGGAUAGAGGGAACCACAAAUUGAGAAUAGAUAGGCAUAGUUAGUAGAUAUGAUAUAGGCGAUACCUAUUAUUGUGCAAGAGCUCCACCCUUUAACGACACCUCCUUUUUAUCUUUUUUUAUAGAUAAGCAUUUUAAAAAAUAUAGAAAAGCAGGCCCGUACCCAUGGGGGGAGGUGUAGGCGUACAAACGCACCCCCCACACACACACAACAGCCGAAGGUCCAUUUUCAGUUCUCAUUGGACGUGCUAUUUGUAGACUAUAAAGCAUAUAAGCUAGAUCACUCUGGUAUUCCAUCAAUGCUUAUGUCAGACAUUUUUGUAGCCAAAUCGGACAAUAAAUGUCCCUUUGAGAUACUGCAAGACAUUAAAAAAAUCCCUUUUUGUUCA